ACACAAUAUAUAUAUUUAUAUUUGUGUAAAAUGAGAAAAGCAAAGAAGAAAACUGAGAGUGGUGAACGAGAUUCGGGAGUGAGACGAAAAGUUUGUUGCAAAAGUGAAAUUAAAUGAGGUAUAGACCACUGCAUCCGCUUUUGCGAGAUUCGGGAGAGUGACGAAAGUGUGUACUUUUUUUCUUAUGUUUGGACAAACUACUGCAUCCACUUUUGCAAGGCUAAGCACAUGCUGUCGAAGGUACCCUCAUUCGGUCUACCUCCAAACUCACAGUUUCUGCGUGCACUUGGACCUGCUGGAGAUAUACGACGUGCCCGUCAACUGUUUGAUGAAAUUCCCCACCCAGAUAUACGAUCAUGGACGCUCUUAAUCACCGCAUACACAAAGAGUGGAUUUCCAAAAGAAGCAUUAGAAGUCUAUGAUGAAUUGCGGGCAAGGAAAGUUCAUCCUGAUCAAUUGGCACUAUUAUCAGUAACCAAGGCUGGUGCUGCUUUGGGCAACUUGAUAAAGGCAAAAGGUAUUCAUGAAGAUGUAAUUAGAUAUGGAUAUCGCGCUGAUUUGUUCCUUGGAAAUGCAUUGAUUGAUAUGUAUGGGAAGUGUAAAUAUGCUCAAGGUGCAAGAGAGGUUUUUGAUAAUAUAAGUGUUAAAGAUGUAAUCUCUUGGACGUCGAUGAGUUCGUGCUAUGUUAAUUGUAAACUUCCAAGUGAGGCGUUAAUAAUGUUCCGUGAAAUGGGGUUAGAUGGGGUGAAGCCUAAUCCUGUUACAUUGUCUACUGUACUUCCUGCCUGCUCAGAUUUGAAAAGUUUGAAUUUAGGUAGAGAGAUUCACGGGUAUAUUGUGAGAAAUGGAAUACAUGAUAAUGUGUAUGUUAACAGUGCUCUUGUGGACAUGUAUGCUAGUUGUUCAAGUAUCAAACAAGCAGAGACGAUAUUUAAUAGUACGCGUCAGUUUGACUAUGUUUUAUGCAACGUUAUUAUGUCAGCAUAUUUCUCAAAUGGGGAAUGUGACAAAGCACUUUGCAUCUUUGAUCAGUUGCGAAAAGGAAGAACCAAACUGAAUCAUGAUUCCUGGAAUUCUGUUAUUGGAGGAUGUAUGCAAAGUGGAAGAACAGAUAAGGCACUUCAAGUACUUCAUGAAAUGCAGCAGUCAGGUGUAAAACCAAAUAAAAUCACGAUCACCAGUGUAUUACCUACUUGUAUAGAUCUAGGAAGCAUAAGAAGAGGGAAGGAGAUUCAUGAUUUUCUCCUUCGACAUAUAUUUUUGGAAGAUGAGACAGUCUUCACUGCUUUGGUACUCAUGUAUGCUAAAUGCGGUGACCUAGAACUAUCCAAAAGAGUCUUCUAUAUGAUGCCAAAAAAAGAUACUAUUGCUUGGAACACAAUGAUUAUUGGAAAUUCAAUGCAUGGGAAGGGAGAGGAUGCCUUGUUGCUUUUCCGUGAAAUGGUAAGUUCAGGGGUGAAACUCAACUCUGUUACCUUUACUGGUGUCUUAUCGGGUUGCAGCCAUUCACAGCUGGUAGACAAGGGCCUUAUGAUCUUUUACGCAAUGAGUAAGGAACAUGGAGUUGAACCUGAUUCAGAACAUUAUUCAUGCAUGGUUGAUGCUCUAAGCCGUGCUGGUCGCCUAGAACAGGCAUAUGAUUUCAUCCAAAACAUGCCCAUGAAACCAAGUGCUGGUGCUUGGGGAGCACUGCUUGGUGCAUGUAGAGUAUAUAAGAAUGUGGAAAUGGCACGAGUUGCUGGAAAACAACUGUUGGAGAUUGAACCAGAAAACGCUGGGAACUAUGUUCUAUUGUCCAAUAUCUAUGAAGCUGCCAAAUUACGAGACGAGGCCUCAGAAAUUAGGAAAUUGAUGAGAGAAAGAGGAAUUAUGAAAGUUCCUGGUUGUAGUUGGAUUCAAGUGAAAGACAAAGUGCAUACUUUUGUUGUUGGUGACAAGAAUAAUGCGCAGACUGCGGACAUUUACAGCUUUUUGACUGAAGUAGGUGAAAAGAUGAGGUUAGCUGGGUAUUUACCCUGUACAGACCUUGUUGGCCAAGAUGUUGAUGCAGAGGAGAAGGAAUACAGUUUAUGCAAUCACAGCGAGAGGCUUGCUGUUGCCUUUGGGAUUCUUAAUUUGGAGGGUGCAUCAUCCAUUAGGGUGUUUAAAAACUUGAGAAUAUGUGGAGAUUGCCAUAAUGCCAUUAAGUAUUUGGCUAAGAUUGUCGGGGUGCAGAUUAUUGUUAGAGAUCCUCUAAGAUUCCACCAUUUUAAAGAUGGGUUAUGCUCCUGUAGAGAUUUUUGGUGAAAUAACAAAUGCCAUCAAGUAUUUAACUUGAUAAGCUGCAAAUGUAAUUAGUUCUUUAAGGGAUAUUUGGUGGACCUAAGCUGAUAAUACUAUGAAGAAGGUUCUUUUCAUUUUCUCCAAGGAAAAUAGAAGUCUGCAGAUAUCAUCCACUGUGACCAUGCUUGCGGGUGCAUCUAACAAUUUAGAAUUUUUCGCUGGCACAAGCUCCAUGAGAUAUACUCAGCACAAAGGUUCUACGUCCUAUUCCUGUAUGCAAAAAUGUAACAAUUUUCUUCUAACCACUUUUAGGCACCUUAUUAUAUAUAUGUCUGAAGGUUUUCCUUUCAGAGCGGUGAAGUCUUAAGCUAGAGAAGAAAGGUUCUACUGCCAGGUUGAUACCUGGGACUAGAAUACGAAUUCUAUAUGUUUGGAAGUCAAUAUUGAAAACAAUAAGAUUAUUAUUACUUCAUUGGAGCUUAGCGGGGUUAAGUGAACCAAGGAAGAGUAAGCAUUUA